AUGGGGAAGAUCCCCAAGAACUGGUUUCAGCGCCUCCUAGUUCCAGUGCCCUGGAUCAAGCUGGCCAUUGCGUACUCGCCCGCUGUUAAGAGGAUCGUUUGGAAGAGGCUCAACCGCAGUGAGAACUGUGCAAUAAGAGGACAAGGAUAUGGAGGGAAACCUUGCAUUGCUCACGGUUUUAGAGGAGCUGGGCCUGGUGCUGAUGCUGGUGAUUCUGGUGCCAAUGUUGGAGGUGUUGGUGCUGCUGGUGACAAUAGGGGUGGUGCUAAUGGUGGUGGAGUUGGUGAUAGUGGUGGUGUAGGUGGUGGUGGUGGUUGUGUUCUAGGUGGUGGUGGCGUUCUUGGUUGUGGUGGUAGAGGAGUUCUUGGUCGUGGUGGGGGUGGUCUUCUAGGUGGUGGUGGAGGAGGAGUUCUUGGUGGUGGUGGAGGUGAACAAGCAUUUGGAGUAAAAUAA